CCCCAAUACUCCCAUCACCAUGGUUGGGAGUGGGAUCCCGCACCGUUGUGACCAUGCCCAAGGUGACUCCUCACUUCCCUUUCUUCCACCUCGCCGAGACAGGUUCUAUAUAAUAAAGUCACGUAGCUGAUAUCGACCUCUUCCGCUUCGGACCAUUUGUUGGCUCUCCUGGGGAAACCUGGGCGCAGCGUUUUGUAUAUAUGUUCGAUCGUUCCUUCCUCUUUAUGCAUGGGCCGUAUUGUUUGCACCUUCCGUACACAUCGAUCGCCCUUCCUUCGGUUUUAGUCGAGGCUUCACAUCGUCGUCAACUUGCCACAGACAUAAUAUCCAUCCAACUGAGCACUUUGACGCACGACGGAAGCUUUAGGAGAGAUCAGACUUCUGCUCGGACCCCCGGAGAAAUCCUUCUCAACGUCAAAAAGGCUUCCACACCUUAUCUGUUCUGCCACCACCGAUUCAAGACGCCUCACGCACUCGGACCGGGGCUCAAAAGAGACCUGAGACACGCACCCUCACUAUCUGAAAGGAGCACCACACCGGAACCCGGAAAUAGGACCCGGGCCCCCGAAGCUACUAGGAGACAAGUCUAUCGCCUCAUCAAACGCUCAACCACAAUGUCUCAGUCUCCACCACACCUCUACAACUUCACCAUCCAACCGCCGCCCUCUACGCCUCCAUCCACCCCCCUCGUCCCGCCACCUACCUUCAUCCUCCGCGAGACCCCCACCCCCGAUCCCACCCUGACUGCGAAUAACCUCAUGGCGGUCGCAUCGCUCGUACCCGCGAGCAUUGAGUCUGCUAUCGCGGAUUUAUCGGGGGUAAGCAGCGAUGAUCUCACUGGCACCCUCGCGGUCCCUGCGACCACCCUCAGUGACGGCCCGGGAGCGGGGUUCGUGUUUCGCAACCUAAGGAUCGAGAAGAUUGGUAAUUGGAGGAUUCGAGUUAUUGUGCUGAGGAUGAGCGAAGGUGGAGCCAGUGCUGGUGGCAUGCAGAAUGGGAUUGGCAGGGCGGAAGCGAAUGCUGAGGGGGCGAUUGUUGGAGUAGAGCUUGUGAGCAGGGUCGUGAGUGUUUUGGAGGAGGCUGAGGCAAAUGAAAAUAUAUCGAUGACCGACCAAGAAGUAUUGGAUCAGAUGAGCGAGUGAUGUGUUGGCUCGCGCAAAACUCUCCGGAAGGGUAUCGGGAGGGAAGAUCGCAGUCGGGUGUUAGCAAAGUAGGGGGAUCUGUAUAUAUCUUUAUAGAUUGUGGGCCCGUGCAAACGGGAUGGCGCGAAGCAUUUCUUUGAUCCGCCUGAUUUUAGGGCGACAGCGCAUGGUGGAUACUGGCGGCGGUUUUCAUUCUUAAAACAAGAAACAGCGAGGAGAUUAGUGGAGGUAUUUUGCUAGCGAUCAUGGAAACUGGAUUAUGGAUGGAGAGGCUCAAGACAGGGAAUACGAUAUACUCAUCCGAUGAACGAAUGAUGCUGGCAUACGGAAAUGGAUACGUACAGCCUGCCGUUUCCUACAAAACAAAUAGCAGCAUAAUUAACUAAGUGUGGACGUUCUAUGGCCGUUGUCAUACAGGGUGGACAGCGUUUAUUGAAGCUGAAACUCUCCGGGCCUAUGAUCCUAACCUCUCGGACAAUAGACGAACAGUCUCGACCUGGACAAGACGAGAUCCGUUGCGCAGUGGAUCUCGGCCAUGAUAUCAUGACGUAUCUCCUGCUACUAACAGCUCCAAAUUCCAUCCCAGCUUUCUUUCAGUUAGAGUGCUUCAACAACGUUACAAUGAUUGAUGAAAGU